UGCCCAUGCACCGUACAGUCGCAUCGUUCUUUAAAAUGAGUGAAACACAACCUGUGACUUCACAUUCAUAAGCAAAAUGCGAAGCAUGUUAAUGUUGUUGGGACUAUGCGUCCUAGUGUUGUCCCCAUUUCCAGUUGCAUUAUCGGAGCGGUGCCACCCAGAGGACAAGAAGGUGCUGCUCCGGUUCAAAAAGGAACUCAACAACCCUUACUUCCUAGCCUCUUGGGACCCAAAAGAAGAUUGCUGCGACUGGUACUGUGUCAAGUGUGACGACAGAAAUAACCGUAUCUACGAGGUUUUUCUAAUAUCCUCGUAUCCAGACCCCAAUGUCACCGGCAAAAUACCACCCUCUGUGGGUGACCUCCCUUACCUCGAGUACCUUACCUUCCACAAGCUCCCCAACCUCGUCGGCCCAAUUCCGCCCACCAUCACCAAACUCACCAAACUCAAAAGUCUCGAAAUCACCAACAGUGGUCUCACAGGCCCAAUACCCGAAUUUCUGGCCCAGAUUAAAACCCUGGAGGUGAUCUCACUUUCCUUCAACAGUCUCUCGGGCUCCAUUCCCAGCUCACUCUCCCAACUGCCUAAUCUCGCAUCUCUACAGCUGGACAGGAACAAAUUGACGGGCCCAAUCCCGGCGUCUUUCGGGUCCUUCAAGAAGCCCGGGCCUGAUCUCAAACUGUCUCACAACCAACUCUCUGGGCCCCUUCCCCCUUCCUUGGGCAACCUAGACCCAGACAACAUAGACUUGUCAAGGAACAAACUUGUAGGCGAUGCUUCAUUUCUUUUCGGGAGCAAGAAAAAGACUCAGGUACUUGACCUUUCCAGGAACGCCUUCUCCUUUGAUCUCUCUCCUGUGACGUUUCCUAAGAAAAGCUUGAUUUGGUUGGAUAUCAAUCACAAUAAGAUUUAUGGGAACCUUCCAGUGGCGUUGACGAAAGUGGAAAAUUUGCAGCAGUUGAACGUGAGUUAUAAUCCUGGGUUGAAGGGCCAAAUACCGCAGGGUGGGGAAUUGCAUAGAUUCGAUAAAUAUGCUUUCUUUCACACUAAGUUGUGUGGUUCUCCACUUCCGCCCUGCACCAAAUAGAUUAACAGAUACAAUAAGCAUUCUAUUUUCCCACUAAGUUGUGUGUCUCUCUACUUCCGCUCUGCACCAAUAAGAUUACGUAAGGGAAUCCUUCCAGUUUGAAUCAAAUAAGUUUUAUAUUUUCGCACUCUGAUUUCAAGUUUAUCAAGUUUAUCAGCUUUUCAGAAUAUACAACGUUUCUCGCUGUAACUUUAUUCGUCUCAGUUAUUUGGUCUUCAAUAUAAAUGAUAUUUAUAGUUAUAAUCAA